AUAUGUACAGGUUCAGUAAAUAAGCCCGCCCAGACAACCAGCAGUCCAAGUAACAAACUUCUUGGAGGACUUCUGGCUCCUGGGUUGGAUGAACAGUCUUGCUUAAGCAGGUAUCAGUACUUCCGGUACCGAAAAAGUUCUUAUAAGCCUUCCAGCGGUCUCAUUUCCAGAUUAAGAAACUAUGAACAACUUCACAAACGCUGUGGACCUUAUACUGAAUCCUACAAUAAGUCCCUCCAACAAGUUCACUCUGGUCACAUUGGCAAUAGCUCAGACUGUAAGUAUGUUGUCUGGACUCCUUCAAAUGGACUGGGAAAUAGGAUGAUAGCAAUUGCUUCAUCAUUUCUUUAUGCUCUUCUCACAAACCGAGUACUGCUUCUCCAGCAUGUGACUGACAUUGACAUGGCCGAUUUGUUCUGCGAGCCUUUUCCAAAUUCAACAUGGUUUCUGCCCAUGGACAAUCCUUUCAAUAAUGAACUGAAGAAGUUCAAUAAGGUCUAUCGAUAUAAAUAUGGGAACAUGGUAAUGAACAACAUGAUAAACACUUCGACAGAGCCACCUCCAACACAUCUAUAUCAUUACAUUUCUUUCGAUUACGAAGAUCAGGACAAGGUUUUCUACCAGGAUGAACAUCAAGCUUUUCUGACAAAAGUUCCUUGGUUGAUUUUGAAGUCUGAUGAAUAUUAUGCCCCUUAUUUUUUCUUGAUGAAAACUUUCAGGCAGGAACUAGACAAAUUGUUCCCUCGCAAAGAUACAGUUUUUCACCAUCUGGGUCGCUAUCUUUUCCUUCCCUCAAACGAGGCUUGGGGUCUAAUUACCAGGUUCUAUGAUGCUUACCUGGCCAAGGCAGAUGAGAGGAUUGGGGUCCAAAUCAGAGUUGUUGAUACAAAAGGUAAUCCACCUCAAAAUAUUAUGGAUGAAAUCUUAACCUGCUUUUCAAGGGAAAAGAUUCUGCCAGAUAUCAUGGAGACUCAAAAUUCUUCUAUGGUUCCUACAGUCAGGAACCAGAACAGCACAAAAGCUGUUCUGAUAGCAUCUCUGUUCCCUCAGUACUACGAGAAUAUCAGGAGUAGGUACUGGUCAAGACCAACAGUUACAGGAGAUGUGAUUGGAGUUUACCAGCCAAGCCAUGAAGAGUAUCAACAAUUUGGGAAUAACAUGCACAAUGUGAAAGCAUGGGCAGAAAUGAACCUUCUCAGCUUGUGCGAUGUAUUGCUGACCAGCUCAUGGUCGACUUUUGGGUACAUAGCUCAAUCACUUGGAGGUCUGAAGCCGUGGAUGCUGUAUACAACAGAUAGUAGAGUGAAGCAUGAUCCUCCUUGCCGUCAAGCCUUGUCAAUGGAGCCUUGCUUCCAUUUUCCACCCAUUCAUGACUGCCAGGCAAAGUACAAAGUUGGUAACCGCUUUGUUUUUCCUCCCUUUAACGACUGCAAGCCUCAUGUCAAUCUUGAUGCUGAAACCAGUGAUCCUGAUCAUGUGAAGCACUGUGAGGAUGCAACUUUUGGAUACAAACUGGUUGAUAAUGAUUGAAUGUUAGCUCCUAACCUGCAAUUAUUGAUCAUUAUGUACAUUAGAGCACAUCAAUACGUUAUUGAAAGUUUUGAUUAACUUCAAUGUAGUCAUUUGCCUCUAAUUUCCGGA